CAAAGAAACCCACACCCUUGAGAGUAGGAUGGGCUGUGCAAGCCUGACAGACUGGAGCCAGCCCCUCCUGCCAUGAUGAUGUUGGCAGAUUGCUGUGGCAGCCUGUCCACUCUCCACAGAAUAGUCCUGUCUGCUCCUUCUCCUUGGCCCUCAGCCUCCCCCACUGUAGACCCCAGCAGAGCAGUGGAUGCUCUGCUUUCUGCUGCAGGGAGGCAGCUAUCCCCAGGACUGGAGCCAGCCAUGCCUAAGUACUCAAGGCUUGGCAUGCCUUUCCUGCUGUAGUGCUGAAUCGUGGGGUGGCACCCCAUGGCUCCUGCUGUAUGUGGUGUUUGUGACAUACCAGCAGUACCAGGGUUACUGACUGCUGAAUACGUCAGCUGCAUAAAGUAAUAAGGAACUGGUGGCCUGUUGUCUGUUUAUUCAGUGGAAAUGGGAGGGGAUGAUAAUGCCCAUUGCAACACGUGUUCUAGUGAGAUGCUCAGGAGCUAUUUCUGGAACUGUCAGAGGGGCAACUUAAUUGCCACCUUAAGCUUUGUUCACCCGUCCUCCCACAGAGUUGGGACCCACAGGUCAACCCUGCCUCUCCAAUGACAGGAAAAGUGAGCUAGCUCUAGAUUACCCACUGCCAGUCCUGCCAGAUUCUAUAACUGUCUAACUGUCUCCCCUUGCCUUGCCCAGUACAAAAUCUGGGUAGCAGAUUUUGGUAGAGGGGAGGGCUAAAUGAGAAAGGUGGCACUGUAUGGAAAGGUCUUUGACACGUCAGCUGAGUGUCUAUGCUAAACCUUUUUCUUUCAAAGAAACCAAUUCCAGAACAAAAAGAGAAGGAAGCUGAGGCUAUGGGUGAAUGGUACACACCUUUGGAGAUUUCAUGCCAUUAGACCUUCAAAUAGAGUGGAUCACCCGAGCUGCUUAAGAAAAAACAUUGACAAGUAAUAAGCAGGGUGGGUGUGUGAAGAUCUGUUGGACCAGGAGGCCUUUACAGCAUGUUGGUGCAUUGUUAUGCCAUCUUGAACCUACUACAAUUUUCAAGUACCAGCUGCUUCCUUCAACUCUUCUCCAUGUACCUUAGGUUCUGUGGCUUUAAUACCCAUUAUUAAUAAACAGAUCCUGGUUUUAGAGAAACCUGAUCCUUUGAGAUCACUCUUCUUUCAGGAACCCCUUUACUUGUGGAGUCCCCUUAGAGAUGUCUGUUAACAUGCCAAUAUUCUGCAAUAAUGAACACAAUCCUGUUUCUUUUGACCCAGCAGCAUUUGACUGGGAAGACUGAGAGAGCCAGAGACAUAGGCAUAUAUAUACUUCAUAAAUCUCAGGAUAUUUAGAUUUCUCAAGGCCACAUCCUCCAUUGUCAUCUUUUGUAAAUGUAUCACUGCCUUUUGACCACACCUAGGUUUUCCCUGAUGCAAUAGCAAACUAGCACUAAACCGCAAAUGUGCUGGUAUCAUUUUUCAGGUAUUAUACUCACAGAUGCUUUGCGUCAUAGUGUGGGCGUAGGUUAGUGACAGUCAUACAAACUAGCCUGAGUUAUAACUUAACAGUGGUAUAACCUGGCACAGGCUUGCAUUGUGCAUCUGCUCUUUUCUGUGCUGUCUGGGCCAGCCAUGUUUAGGAUUAGGGUGAUUUACCUCAGUUACGGAGACUUAGGCAAGGAGCCAACCUCAUGCCUAGUGCUCUCUUUGGGAAAGGAAGGAACUUGUCAGCUUGAAGUGUCAUCAGCAUCCAAAGGGCCUGGUAGUAGGUCCAUGCCUGACAGGGAACCAGCACUGCAGGCAAGCUGGGACAAAUUGCACCUGCCAGCAGUGAGACCAUCAGUUCCCCCAGGUGCUUUAGGAACCUCAGUGUAGCCUGGCUUCCAGCUCUGACCUUGCCCACUCCAUCUUCCAGUAACCCUGACUGCCUUCAGCAGGUCUGUAGACCAGAGGGGUCCCUGAGGGUCUUCCUGCCUUGGGACUAUGGCCUUUGGCUGCAAGAGCCUGUCUACACUGGCCUGCUCUCUGCCAUCACAUAGCCAUGCUGUACACCUGCAGUGGGAAGAUGCGGUUUUCACUGAUUUGGACCUAGGAUGGUUGCAAGGAAGCAGACUGGCGGAUGAUGGUGGAGGGCCUGGUGAACCAUAGCCCAGCCUUUCCGGGAGCUCAGGUCCCUUGCAAUCAUGGUGAAGUCUAGAAGAGUGCAGGUGCUCCUGAUUCUGGUAGUUCUGUCCUUCCUUCUGAUCCACUUCCUACCCUGCAGCUACCAUGCCCACAUGGAAGAAAAACCUUCUCCUGUCCACAUCCUCAUUCUCUCCUCCUGGCGAUCAGGAUCCUCCUUCACUGGACAAAUCUUCAGCCAGCAUCCCAGUGUCUUCUACCUGAUGGAGCCUGCAUGGCAUGUUUGGGUUAGGAUGUACCAGAACAGUGCAAAUGUCUUACACAUGGCAGUGCGGGACUUAGUCAGGUCGGUCUUUCUGUGUGACAUGUCUGUGUUUGAUGCUUACAUGUCUAGCCAGAAGAAAAAGUCUGAUUUAUUUCAGUGGGAGACAAGCAGAGCCUUGUGCUCCCCACCUGCCUGUGACUCAUUCAGUCGCAGUGACAUAAUCACUGCAGGCAACUGCAAAACAAUCUGUGGCAAGUACCCAUUCAGCAAGGUGGAGGAAGCUUGUAAAACCUAUAGCCAUGUUGCCAUCAAGGAAGUUCGGUUCUUUGACCUGAAAGUUCUCUAUCCGCUUCUCACUGAUCCAUCCCUGAACCUCAAAAUCAUUCACUUGGUACGUGAUCCUCGGGCUGUGUUCAGGUCCCGAGAGAAUACAAUGGCAGACCUGAAACGUGACAGUAACAUUAUUGUGGGGUCUCAGAAGACAAAGGGAGAAAUGGGACCCUACAACACAAUGCAAGUAAUCUGCAAAAGCCAUGUUGAGAUAUACAAGGCAGGAAGACAGGCUGCUCCAAGCUUCCUGAAAGACCGGUAUCUGCUGGUUCGCUAUGAAGACAUUGUCAGAGACCCACUAGCAAGGGCUGCUCAGAUGUACAGGUUUGCAGAACUCUAUUUCACACCAGAGCUUCAGAAGUGGGUGCACAACAUCACCCAUGGGAAGGGUCAUGGAGCACAGGCCUUUGAUAUUGGGUCAAGAGAUGCACUGAGAGUAUCCCAGGCCUGGAGAAAGACACUUCCCUUCCAGAAAAUAGAAAAAGUGCAAAAUGUGUGCAAAGAUGCAAUGGAUUUGCUGGGCUACCGCCUUGUUCAAUCUGAAGAAGAGCAGAAAAAUAUGUCUCUGGAUCUUUUGUUUGCCCAGAACUCCUCUGAGUAUCAAAAUCUGAAGGCAGAAAAGCUGGUCUCUAUAUCUACUCUCUGAAGGCUGCAGAGUGCUGAACUGUUCACUAGAGCAAAAGAGGCUAGAGGUGCAGGCAUAGAAGUGUAGGAAUGUGUGCAUGGAUGUGCAUGGAUUCAAGGACAAGUGGUACAAGAACCCUGACUACAUUCAGGAAGAGCUCUCAGCAGGGUCACUCUCUAAGACCCCUGGAGAUUCACCCACAAUGUAGGCCAAAGUAAUGCAAGUUUGUUUUCCAAAUUAAUUAUGUUUAGGUUGGAGCAUACAGAAUGUCAAAGGAGUAGGACCAGAUAGCAGAAGCUCAAAACCCCUCCACAGACCACAGCUGAAGACUAGGGAAACCACGUGGAGCAACUGUGCUGCAAAGGAAGAGGAAAUAUAAAAGGAAGCUGAAUAAAUAAACCUUUACUUGACAUGCUGCCACGCAGGAUAUGUAGUGCCAGAAAAGAUGUGAGGAUGACCAGACAUUUGGUUUCUGGAAGGAUGUUGGGAUUUGGGUUGUUUUUUUUGAAUGGUUGAGUUUUCAAGACCAGUUUUCCUUUUGCUCCAUUUGUGUGCCUGAGUAUCCGCCCCUGGUGGCAAAAGUAGGGAAAUGUUUGUGUUCACGUAGUGUAUAAUGGGAAA